AUGGCAAAAGUCGAAAUCAAGGACUCGGACAUCGCAAUCCUUAUUGCUGCGAUCCAAAACUCUGUUGGUCCACUGCAGGUCGAUGCCGAGAGGGUCGCGAAACAGCUUGGCAUGAGUCUGUCCACCAUUCCACCCAAGUUCACCACUCUUCGAAAGCGAUACAACAUUGACAUCAAAGUCUUGAACUCGGGUGCGCUUCAACGUAAUCGCACAAACACCCCCAAAAAGGCCAAAUCUCGAAACAAUCUUCAAUCUGUGAAAGCAGCCGAGGCGGUGCCUUGGCCCGAACAGACCCUCGAUGGAGUCAGGAUUGAUAGUCCUUCGCCGGUCAAGAACGAGAAUGCCGACUCACCUUGCUGA